AUGGUCGCCGACAAUCAACGCCUGCCGUUCCCCGCCGGCGGCGGUGGUGGCGACGACAACCAUAACUACAACUGCAGCUACAACGACAACGACGAUGCCAAUGACGGUCGGCGUCUGGCCGAGUACCCGGACCAGCCGCCGCCCGCCAAGAAGAAGAAGACGCGGACGCGGACGGGGUGCCUCAACUGCCGCCGCAAGAAGCGCAAGUGUGACGAGGGCCGCCCGGCCUGCGGCGGGUGCUCGAGGCGGAAAGAGAGGUGCGAGUGGGGGAUCAAGGUGACGUUCCGCGCCGAGAAUGCCCAGACGAUCCGGCGAGACCACCCGUCCAUGAAGAAGGCCCGCCGCCCGCCUCUCCGUCGACAGCUCGAGAUCCUCGACGUCACAGACGAGGUCAUCCGCGACUACCACUUCCCCCCCGGCCUCCAAGACUACGACUCGGACAGGGACCGGGACCGUGACCCGGACCCAGACCCAGACCCAGACCCCGGGCUGUCUUCGGCCGGGGAUGACGCUACCCCCGACGACCCGAAGACGACGACGACGACGACGGCGGCGGCGGCGGCGCCGGUGACGACGUACGACAACACCGAUGAAGCCAAGUUCCUCGACAGUCCCGUGUCGUACUCGACGUCGACAGUCGGCGGACGCACGGCAUCCGUCGCCGACUCCAACACCGCCAGGAGGACGCAGUCUUUGUCUGGGCCCAGCACAGCGUCAACGGACCAGGUGGCCGCCGUGUCGGGCUUCGGUGCCCUGCUGAGCCCGUCGACGCGGCGAAGAGACGACGACAAAACACACCACUCGCCGGUGGGCGACGGCAUGGACUAUCACCUCUCGCCGGCGUCUACCUCACAACUGGUCACCGACAGCGCCGUGGCGAACCUCAUCUACCUCAGCCAGGGCGGCGGAGUCCAUGGACAUGGUCAUUAUCAUCAUCAUCAUCAGCAGCAGCAGCAGCAUCAUAGUAAUAACCAACAAGAACACCCUCCGCCGACGGUCCCCGGCGGCAUCCCUGUCACGACGUUACCCGUGGACCCCCUGAUGGACGCGCCCUUCGACUUCAUGGACCAGAUCUUCACGCCCGAGGGCUCGUACGAAGACGGCAUCUUCCUCCCGGGCUCGGCCUACCACGAACUACACUCUACACUGCGGAACCACCUGAUCCAGGAGGUCCGGUCCACCGGCCCGACGAGGCCGGCAUCCCCGGCUUCCGGCCAGAACUCCGGACAGAGAUCCACCGACGCCGUUUCGGGGCCUUCGUCGCAGUCGCUGUCGUCGCUGUCGUCGUCAUCGUCGUCCUCGUUAUCGUCUUCGGAAUCAACCGACGCAGCUGAAGAAACGACGGCCGCCGGCGAGACAACAUCCUCGGACCACGAACCCCCCUUUCUCCCCCCCAACGAGGAGUGCGCGCUGUGGAAGAACUGGGUGGACGAGAUCUCGCCCUGGCUCGACAAGUUCGACAACCAGCGGCACUUCCAGCACUCGCUGCCGACCAUGGCCCGGUCUCACGACCACCUACGCUACUCCAUGCUGGCCCUCUCGGCGCGGCAGCUCGAGCUGAAGGACCGUACCCGGCCGACGGACCAGAGCCUGGCGCUCUACCAGGAGGCGAUCCACCUGCUGCUGCCGCAGCUGCCGACGCGGACGACGGCCGUCAUCGCGUCGUGCGUCGUGCUCUGCGUGCUCGAGAUGGCCAGCUGCUCGCCCAAGGCGUGGCGGCGCCACCUCGACGGCUGCGCGAGCCUCAUGCAGGCCGUCGGCAUGAACGGCUUCGUCGGCGGCGUCGAGCAGGCGCUCUUCUGGUGCUUCGUCCGCAUGGACGUCUGCGGCGGCCUCAUCUCGUCCGUCCGGACCCUCAUCCCCGUCGGCCGAUGGGCGUCCGGGGUCGUCGACGAUCACAACGACGACAACGACGACGACAACAACCUCGAGGCCGACGCCGGCCGGUUCCUCGCCCACAACGACCGCGGCCACGACACCUGGGCCAACUACGCCGUCUACCUCUGCGCCCGGGUGCUCAACCUGCUCGCGCCGCUGGCCAAGGCCAACCCGGGCGGCCUCUUCUUCGACGGCGGCGGGCUCCCGACCAACGACGCGCAGUACCGGGCCCGAUGGAUGCGGCUCUGGCGCCUCGUCGAGGACUGGCACGCCCGACGCCCGGCCGAGAUGCGGCCCAUCAUGACCAUCCCCCCCUCGUCCGACGACGCCGAGCCGUUCCCGGCCAUCCUCUACAGCAACCCGGCCGCCAUCUCGGGCAACCAGCUCUACCACACGGCGGCGCUGCUGAUGCUGCAGAACCGGCCGGCCUCGCUGCGCCCGUCGCCGCGGCCGCGCUCGGCGCUCUGGCACGCGCGCCAGAUCUGCGGCAUCUCCAUGACGAACCACCACCACGGCGCCUGGACCAACAGCGUCCAGCCGCUCUGGAUCGCCGGCCGCUGCAUGAGCCACCCGGCCGAGCACCGCGCCAUCCUGCGGCUGCUGGACAAGAUCGAGAGGGAGAGCGGAUGGGGCACCAAGUGGAGGGCGGACGACCUGAAGGACUUUUGGGGCGACCUGGGAGACGGUUAG